AUGCACAACCGAUGGGUAACAAAGAGCACGAAGGAGUACAUGAGCGAGGCCGACUCGAAGGUCUCCAAGGGGAACAGCCUCCUCUUCAGUGCGCGCGAGCGUCGGCGCGAGGGCAUGGAGCAGCGAAAGGAGCGCUUUCGCGAGGUGACGGUGGAGACGGACCGCACCUUUGAGCUGGAGUUGGAGAGGAUGCGGGACGACAGGGAUCUACGGUGGAAGAAGGGCUUUAACUUCUUAAAGCGACACGGAAAGGCGUUUACGCUACUCUACAUCGUUGCGUACGUCGCGCCCUUGGCGAUUCUCUACGUCGGCUUCGCCAGCGGAGUGCUGCCGAAGGAUGCCGUCUUCGAGUUUCUCUUUUUCUUCCUGCAGACCUUCAUUGACCGCGACGUGUUUUUUGAGCGCGUCGAGGCGUGGGACACGUACUCCAACUUCGGCUUCGCGUUUGUGGUGAACGAAACACUGGAGUUUUUGCGCUUCCCGCUGGUGAUGUUCUUCUUCUACCAGGCACGUCCGUUCUUGACAGGGGUGAACCAGCGUGUGAAGGCGUCCAUCUUCCGCUUCAACGCGGCGGAGUCGUAG